AAAAGGGCAAAUUUUUCUCUAGAUCAAAUCUUUAGUAGUAGUCUAGAACCUCUACAGAAGUUCGAUCUGAUCGUUUUUUGCUGCAUAAACCCCAAUCAACAAUGCCGAUGACAGUGAUAGAAGUGGCAGCGCCGAGCCCAAUGAGGUACAUGAUGGGAGCAGCUGUAAUGAUGAUCGGCGUUGUAUUGCCUCUUGCUUAUAUGAUGUUUAGGAACAAACGUGUUCCUUCCUCUUCUUCUUAUUCUAAACAGACGUAGGAAUAAGGUUCUUAUAUAGAUUAUGGAGGCAUACUCAGAAUGAACUUUUGUUAAAGAGAAACAAGGAGAAGAGCAGAGGUGGCAACUCAACAAUUGUCGUAAAUGCAUUAACUUUCUUAUUUGGAUUGAGAGUUCUUGAACUAUAUUGUUAAUUUUUACUAAACUUUAGGAUUUUUCUUUCCCAGAGAUUAGACCAUGCUCUCCUCUCAAGGAUAUAGUUUAGCUUGGUAAUCACAAGUCGAAUAGAAAGAAAACCCACUACCGCUGUAUUAUUAUUAUUAUUUCAUAUAUGAUUGAUUUUUUUUUUCUUGAAUUUCUUUGCCUAGAAUGCAAGCUAUGUUGUCAGCAAUCCGUUGACUCUUGUUGUGCUUUUAUGUAGAAGUAUAUUUGUUGAUCAAAUAGUACGGUAUAGGCUUGCACUGA